AUGGCUAUUGUCAUUGGCGUUGCGACACGACGACGAAGCAGCAAAUUCCGAGCCGUGACAGGCCUGCUUUGGUCCGAAUGUGCCAACCCUAAUGACUGCGACCUCACAUGCGUCUCCGCUAAUGGCCAGCUAGGUACCGGAGAAUCAGGGAAGUCGACAUUCAUUAAACAAAUGCGAAUUAUUCACGGGAAUGGUUAUUCGGAUGAAGAUAAGCGGGCUCAUAUUCGACUAGUUUAUCAAAAUGUCUUCAUGGCCAUACAAUCAAUGAUUCGCGCUAUGGAUACGCUUGGCAUCGAAUUCGGCGACCCUUCAGAAGAGUUACAAGAGAAAGCAGCGGUCGUACGUGCUGUGGACUUCGAAAGUGUAACGUCGUUCGAAGAGCCUUAUGUAUCGUACAUCAAGGAACUCUGGGAAGAUAGUGGUAUUCAAGAAUGUUACGACCGCCGAAGGGAGUACCAGCUCACUGACUCUGCUAAAUAUUAUCUAUCGGAUCUCCGACGGUUAGCAGUGCCAGACUAUUUGCCGACAGAACAAGAUAUUCUGCGGGUUCGAGUACCCACAACCGGUAUAAUAGAAUAUCCCUUCGAUUUGGAGCAGAUAAUUUUUAGGAUGGUUGACGUCGGAGGACAGCGUUCUGAGCGGCGGAAGUGGAUCCACUGCUUUGAGAAUGUCACUUCGAUCAUGUUUCUUGUUGCGCUUUCCGAAUACGAUCAAGUCCUAGUCGAAUGCGACAAUGAAAAUCGUAUGGAAGAAUCGAAGGCGCUGUUUAGAACAAUUAUCACAUAUCCAUGGUUCACAAACUCGUCAGUGAUUCUCUUCCUGAAUAAGAAGGAUUUAUUGGAAGAAAAAAUUCUCUAUUCACACUUAGCUGACUACUUUCCGGAAUACGACGGUCCGCCCCGAGAUCCGAUAGCUGCACGCGAAUUUAUUUUGAAAAUGUUCGUCGAUUUGAACCCGGAUGCUGACAAGAUCAUUUACUCCCAUUUCACAUGUGCUACAGAUACGGAAAACAUCCGAUUCGUGUUCGCUGCUGUGAAAGACACGAUUCUGCAGCAUAAUCUCAAGGAGUACAAUCUGGUGUAGCGCUUCGUCGUCAUUGCUGACGAGUCGUCGUAUCGCCGGGUGCUUGUCUUUCGUUGGUUCGUUGUUCGUGCGUCGACGUCAAAGUCGACUAGACUGCCCGCGUGAGCCGCCGCCGUUGAAUCGCCUAGGAAUCGUUGCUUGCUCGGCUGCCAAGCGUCGUCGUGUCGUUGUCCUCGCUCAUCUCACCCCAUCUACCGAUUAAUUAUUCUCUGUAUUUCCUCCCAUAGUUUGCUCGCAGCGCCCGUCUAGGGGGUCUCCGUCCUAUGUCACUGUUUCUCUUCGUAUUCCGUCAGAAGGUGCGCGCGGAUGCUUCGCACUGAAAGUGCCACAGAUGGCGCGGCGCUCUCACCCCCAACUCUCCACUUUCGCACUCUUUCCGCUGAUCGCUCUCUCGCUGUAUCAGUUUCGAGCGUCCUGCCUAAAUAAUGGCAUACCCCCUUUAGCACUCCCCUGCAUGGGUAUCGGUAACUCUUAUUAUGUAUAUACCGACGUAUCCCUAGUCACGAUUACAUGCUUCCAAACCCCAGAUCCCCCAUCCACAACACUUCGCAACACUUCAGUUUGACCCUCUCCUAUAGUUCUUCUUCUUACCACACAACACGCAACGUAACACCACUUAUAUAUUGUAUCAAAUAUUUUCGAUAGUUUUUAAUUCAUAUUUAUUAAUUUUGAACUCAUUUUGUGUAAAUGUUUUGUGGAUAUGGUUAUUUCAUUGAAUUUUGUUUGUUUUACAGAAAAUAAAUGAGCCAAAAUU